AUGUCCGACCGCCUUGGUUACCGUGCUCGCCUUGAGCGCGAGAGCAACUUCCUGGUCGUCUUGAGAAGCAGGCACGAGAUGAGCGAGCUCUUCCGCGUUUGCUCCGAGUCGCGACAAAGCGCCAUGCGUUUCUAUCGUGUUCCAAAGGGUGUAUUCUAUUUCCAUCCGGAGCUGGACAUCGUGGAUAUUGUCGGGUUGAGAUACCUUCCCAGAUUCGCCAACACACUGUUGGCCAAUGAUCCCCGGCACGUCGGGCUCAUCAACCUAGCGUCUGUACGGGGCAAAGCUGAAGGAUGCUACGAUGAUUUGUUUCAGCCCACCGAGGGCGACGAGCAUCUUGUACGUCGACUCCUGUCAAGACUUGGUCGUGUCAUCUUCGGCUACGAUGGACCGCUCGGACGUGCUGUUCAUCCUCUUGAGGCUCGUGAGGCCCGGAAGCGUAGAUGGAAGCCUCAGUUGCAUCGGUCCAUGAUUGCCGUCAACAAUACACGGGUGGCGGACCGAGACGAAGCACUUUUUGCGCUCGGGGAAGAGAAGGAGCAAUGGGAUGCGUGCCGUGGGGAGAGAAUAUCCAAAGGAAACCCCUGCGAGGAAGACGACGAUGAACUCGCUUCAGCCUAUGGGUUCUGGCUCUUUCCCAUAGAGGCAUUCGGGCACAUCCCAAAUGACGCACCAUCGUCAGGGCCCAAGGACUAUCAGACGAGCAGGCUAUGGACGUCACCUAAACAUCGUCUAAACAUCAAGCUAAACCGACUCCCUUUUUAG